AUGGUUCAGAAGUCAAAGGGAGGUGGUAGGCCUGACAAAUACUAUCAUCUAGCCAGAGAACAAGGUUACAGGUCUACAGCAUCAUUAAAAUUACUUCAAUUAGAAUCAAAAUUCAAUUUUCUAAAAUCAGCUCAUUCCGUAUUGGAUCUUUGUGCUGCACCUGGUGGUUGGAUGCAAGUUGCUGUUAAGAAAAUCCCAGUUGGUAGUUUUGUUCUUGGAGUUGAUCUUUAUCCAAUUAAACCUAUUAGAGGGGCUAUUUCAGUCGAAGAAGAUAUUACUACUGCCAAGUGUAGAAGAACUAUUAAAAGGCUUAUGGAAGAAAAUGGUCUUAGAAGUUUUGAUGUUGUGUUACAUGAUGGUUCUCCUAACUUUGGUGGUGUUUGGGCUCAAGAUUCUACGGUUCAGAAUUCAUUAGUUAUCGAUGCUGUUAGACUCGCCACAGACUUUUUAUCACCUAAAGGAACUUUCGUUACUAAGAUAUUCAGGUCACAAGAUUGCAAUAAGGUCCUGUACUGUCUUAAGCAGUUAUUUGACAAAGUCGAAGUGACUAAACCAAUUGCCAGUCGUUCCACAUCUGCAGAAACCUAUAUUGUGAGUAAGAAUUAUAAAGCCUAAGGUAAUUAUAAAGCCUAUAUUGAAGUAUUUGUUUGACGUCGAACAGGAAAAACCUAAGGUAAUUCAUGUCGCAUCUAAGAAU